CUUGUUUUGCUCAGCAUUGUCACCAGAAAAUGGACAAGAAACCAACAACUCCAAGCUCUCUACAGACUCAUUUUGUGGACAUACAUGAAGUCUUACCAGAAGGAGACGAAGAGGGGAUGAUAAAAAUGGAGGACAAACUCGACAAGCACUUGAAUAGACCCACCAAAGUUCGAGAAAUUAAGAAAGCACAUAGAAGUUUUAGCAGGCAGGUUUCGCUUGAGACAGGAUUUUCUGUUCUUAACAGAGAAAGAAAGGCUAAAGAUGAGAGGAAGGUUCUCACGAGAAGCGGAACAAGCUUGGGAGGUUUUGAUUCAGCAAACAGGAUUGGUUUAGAAGGAAGGAAAGGAGACUUCAGUAUGUUCAAAACAAGAUCCACUCUCACAAAGCAGAAUUCUUUGUUGCCAAGAAAAGAGAGGGAGUUGGAAUCUCAGAUGAGUAAUGGCUCAUGUGUUAAUGAUGAAUCUGUUAACACAAGUGUUCCUGCUGGUAGAUACUUCGCUGCUCUUAGAGGACCUGAGUUAGAUGAAGUCAAGGACUUUGAGGACAUUCUUCUCCCCAAAGAUGAGUUGUGGCCCUUUCUCCUUCGGUUUCCUAUUGGGUGCUUUGGUGUAUGUGUUGGCCUAAGUAGCCAAGCCGUUCUGUGGCAUGCACUAGCAUCAAGCCCUGCCAUCAGAUUUCUCCAUAUUGCCCCAGCUAUCAAUUUUGGCCUAUGGUUGUUGGCUGUAGUAGUUUUAAUCGCUGUUUCCUUCACCUAUGUUCUUAAAUGCAUAUUCUACUUCGAAGCUGUCAAAAGAGAGUAUUUCCAUCCAGUUAGAGUAAAUUUCUUCUUUGCCCCCUGGGUUGUCUGCAUGUUUUUGGCCAUUGGUGUACCUCAUAAACUAGCCCCAGAAACCCUUCACCCUGCCAUUUGGUGCACUUUCAUGGCACCUUACUUUCUCCUGGAACUCAAAAUCUAUGGCCAGUGGCUUUCUGGGGGGAAAAGGCGUCUUUGUAAGGUUGCCAAUCCCUCAACCCAUCUUUCUGUAGUUGGAAACUUUGUUGGGGCAAUUUUAGCUUCAGAAGUGGGUUGGAAGGAACCUGCAAAAUUCUUGUGGGCUGUUGGGUUUGCGCAUUACAUAGUGUUGUUUGUAACAUUGUAUCAGAGAUUGCCAACAAGUGAAGCACUGCCCAAAGAGCUACACCCCGUGUACUCCAUGUUUAUUGCAGCUCCCUCAGCAGCAAGUCUUGCCUGGGAGAAUAUCUAUGGUGAAUUUGAUGGGUUAUCAAGAACUUGCUACUUCAUCGCCCUGUUUCUCUAUAUUUCACUUGUAGUGCGGAUCAAUUUCUUCAUUGGUUUCAGGUUUUCAGUGGCCUGGUGGUCUUAUACCUUUCCCAUGACAACCGUGUCGGUGGCAACGAUCAAGUAUGCAGAGGAGGUCCCUUCCGUCAUAAGUAAGGGCCUUGCUCUUGGGCUUUCAUUUAUGUCAUCGACAAUGGUGUCUGUUUUGUUUGUGUUCACCCUUCUUCAUGCUUUCGUUUGGCACACCUUACUCCCUAAUGAUCUUGCCAUUGCUAUAACUAAGAGGAGGCAAGGCAGGGAGAAGAAACCUUUGAAGAAGGCCUAUGACAUAAAGCGUUGGACAAAGAAAGCUCUGACCAAGAACAACUCAGUGAACAAGGAUACCAGUCAAGAAUGAUUGUUACUGCAGCCAAUGCCAGAUACUAUGGUGUCAUGGGGUGGAAUCUGGAAUGGGUAGCAGCUUAUUCCAAUAUUUCCGCCAAUUAUAAUUCUGAUGUGGGAUUAAUCAUGGAUUUUCUCGUUCUUGAGCAAAUUAUGCUCAAGUAAUCUAUCUUGAUUGGUAGUUUUGUUAAAAUGGUAAAUACCUUAUCGAUGUCUUUUAAUCAGUUCUCGAAGUACAAUAUUCAAUGCCACUAGGAAGUAGGAACAAGGACAGUGGAAAAGGAGAGUAACGCUACCAGUUUAUAGUUCCUUUUGUUCUUAUACUGGUUUCAAGAGACACGAUUACCAUCCUGCUCUUAAUAGUUAAUGAUCGUUCAUGAUUUAAUCAGUUCGAUCAUCAAAUAA